AUGGAGUCCUUUGAAGAAUUAUCUGAUAUCACAGAGGAAGAGUCCUCCAAACAAUUCCAAACUUCCAAUUCUCUGCCGUGGAAGCUCAAGGCCAAGGAGAUUUGGGCCAAAAAGACCCAAAACUACUUCACUCAGACUAAAAAAACCGAGAACAUCUUGAUCCAUGUUACCUUCUCUAUUGGGCUAGGCAGCAUGUGGCGUUUCCCUUUUCUGUGUCACCGGAAUGGAGGAGGCAGCUUUAUCUUGAUAUACUUCUUCAUGCUCCUCUUGUUUGGGAUUCCCCUCUUGUAUAUGGAGAUGAUCAUAGGGCAAAGGCUGCGUGUGGACAACAUCCGGGUCUGGAAGCAGCUCGUUCCCCGGCUGGGUGGCAUGGCCUACGCUAGCAUACUGGUGUGCAUCUUGAUCAGCUUGUAUAACAGCAUCAUCAUAUCCUGGAACCUCUCCUACCUGGGCAACUCCUUUGAUCAAUCCCUGCCCUGGAACUAUUGCCCAUUUGUGAAGAACAUCACUGUCACUGACCUCUCUUGCCUUCAGACUGUGCCUCACCAGUACUUCUGGUACCACACCACCCUGCAUGCCUCAGGCCACAUUGAGGAAGGGAUUGAGACCUUCGUCCCGAACCUCCUCCUGGGCAUCUUUGCAGCCUGGGUCUUCCUCUUCUUAAUCAUGAUCACGGGGAUAAAGAUUUCAAUGUCGAUGCUGAUUUUCUCGGUAUUCCUUCCCUACAUCCUCCUCCUCUGCUUCUUCAUCCGAGGUCUCUUCCUGGAAGGUGCAUUUGCCAGCCUCAGACGUAUGGUGACCAUAGAGGUCUCUGCCUUGGCCUCGGUGGACCUGUGGCGUCAGGCAGGAGGCCAUGUGCUCUAUUCCUUGGGCCUGGGCAUGGGCACCAUCAUCACUUUCUCUUCCUACAAUACUGGAGGUGACAACUGCAUCAAGGUGGCUUCCAUUGUGGCCCUGGUCAACCUGGUGACCUCAAUGCUGACCACGUCCAUCAUCUUUCUAGUGCUGGGGUUCUGGGCCACCACCAGUGGCCACACCUGUGUUGAGAAGAGUGUGUCAACACUGGUAAUGCUGACAGCCAAGGGGGUGCUGCCUCAGGAUGCCGAGCCCCCCAAAAACAUCCUGCCUAAGCCCCCCCUGGACUACCUGGACUGGAUCAACAAACUCCCCCAGCACCUUCACUACCAGGUCAUCCACUACUCCCUGCCGUGCAGCAUCAAGGAGCAGAAGGAAAAGUUCAUGGAGGGCCCUGGCCUGGCAUAUGCAGCUUUCUCUCAAGCCGUCUCGCUGUUUCCUCGUGCCUCUUUCUGGGCCAUCGUCUUCUUCCUGGCCUUGCUUAUCACACAGCUGGGCACCUUGAUAAGAAUCUUGGAGGGCAUUGUCCUUCCCCUCCAGAACAACAUCCCCAUCUUCAUAAAGCAUCCCAGGCUGGUCCCAGUGGUCAUCUGCUUGGGAGGUCUUCUGGGCAGUCUCAUCUUCACCAGUCACCCUGGCAGCUACAUAAUGUCCUUGUUUGAUGACCACGUGGUCCCGCUGACCCUCAUUGUUGUUGUGACCUUCCAGAAUGUGGCUCUAGCCUGGAUCUACGGAGCGAGGAGGUUCAGGGAGGAAAUGUUCAGUGAGCUGGGCCGCCUGCUGUGGCCCCCCUUCACUUUCCUGUUGUGCUACGUGACCGUGCCUGGGCUGCUGGCCCUCCUCACCAUCUGCCUCAUGCAGCUCUACCAUAGGGUAACCCCUUACUACAUUGCCUGGAAUAGCAGUGCGAGCCAGGAAGUAAAGCAGCCCUACCUGACUAGCACCCUGGCCUGGGUCACCUUCCUCAGCAUCUUCACUCUUCUGCCGAUCCCAGCCCACCCGCUUCUCCACUGGUGGUACUGCCAGAACCCUGUUAUCUCUGACACCUUCAAAAAGUGUGGGGAAGAUGUGAGUGAAGUCUGUGGUCCCUGUAACCCCAAGAACCCUCCAUGUCUCCCUGCUGUGGCGGGGCCCUCAGAGGGGCAACAGCCAGGGCCUGAGCCUCCCAGAGUGGGGCUGGUUCUGGGAGGAGCCAGGCCUGUCGUGGUUCAUAUGGAUGACACUCUCCACAGUGGUCCCGACGGCAGCCCAGGUGUCUACGCGCAUGGGGCCCACUUGAAGACAAGCUCACCAGGUGCAGAGGUGGAGGUGACUCCAGGAGCAAAACCCUCCUGUGGGGGCUACUCCUAG